GGAGUGCGUUGCCGAGAUUCCGGGCGGCGCUGCUGCUGGCGGGGAGGCAGGCAAACUUUUCCUGGGACGGGAGCGGGCUCGCCCUUUCGCUUGGCGGCGCCGCGCGGGGCUCUCUGGGCAGCGACUGGGAGCAGGAGGCGGCGGCGGCGCGCCAGAGCGCAGCAACAGCACCUCCAGCUCCAGCAGCCGGACUGGCCCGCGGCGGGCAGCGGCGCGCUCCGCGGCUGGGAAUGGGAGCCGCCACGAAGGCUCCGAGGAGGCUCUCGGGCAGCGAGGGAGGCAGCCGGAUCCGGACGGCGCGCUGUUGGUGCCCGGCGGCAGCGGCGCUUCUCCUGAUGGCCGCAGCCGCGCUCCUGGGCGGGGUGCACGCUUCCAAGGGACUGGACGAGGCCUCCUUUCCGGAAGACACGGAAUCCGAGGCGGUGCACCGACACUGGAAACGCUACGUGGACUUUUCCGAUGACGAAGAUCUGCUGGCGGACGAGGCGUCUGGAGAUGGCUACGGCAGCGGAGAGAACGGCAGUGGGACCGUGGCCCCAGACCUGUUGGUCUCCAGUGUCCAGCCCCUGGUCACCACCGCCCUUCCUCCUCUUCCUCCUGCUGUGGGGCUCCCUCCCCCCGCGGGUAUGACGGUCUCCGAGCCAGAGGAUGACUCCCAGCUCAUCUACUUCCGGGCCCUGGUGAACUUCACCAAGUCCAUCGAUUACAGCCCCCACCUGGACAACGUCAGUUCCGAGGAGUUCCGGGAAAUCUCCGACGCGGUGGUGGACACGCUGGAGUCCGAAUACUACAAGAUCCCCGGCGAGCAGAUGGUCAGCGUGGUGUUCAUCACGGAGAAGGACGGCUACAUCUUUGUGGAGCUGGACGUCGGCUCCGAGGGGAACAUGAACGAGGAGCAGAUCCGCCAGGUGCUGUCCUCGGUCAUCGAGAGCGGCUCCAUCGCCUCCUACGUCACCUCCCUGACGGGCUUCCAGUUCCGACGUCUGGGAGCAGCCCAAACCCCGCCUCCCCCUGUUGCAAUGGAGUCUCCAGUGACCCCAGAGGUGCGCGUCUGCACAGCGGAGGAGUUUGCCUGCCGGAGCGGGGAGUGUGUGGCCAGGGAGUUCCUCUGUGACCGGCGUCCAGAUUGCCGGGACAUGUCAGACGAGCUGGACUGUGAGGAGCCGAUGCCCCCCGAGUGUGCCGAGGAGGAGUUCACCUGUGACAGCGGGGAGUGUGUCCGGCUGGCCUUCCGCUGUGACGGGCACCCCGACUGCGAAGACGCCUCCGACGAAGACGACUGUGUGGUCGUCACCCCGCCUUCUGUGGGCCUCACCCCCCCGCGGCCAGCCACCACCCGUGCCCCCACCACCACCUCCCUGCCGGUGACCACCCGCCGCGCCCAGGUGACCGUGCCGCCCCGGACCUCCAAGCCCCCGCUGCCCGAAGCGGGGCGGCCCUGCCGGAGGGAGGAAGCCGCCUGUGCCAACGGGCAGUGCAUCCCCCGUGACUACCUGUGCGACGGCCAGAGGGACUGCGCUGACGGCAGCGACGAGAUGAAUUGCGGCACGCCCAUCCCGUGUGAGCCCAACGAGUUCAAGUGCCGGAACGGGCACUGCGCCCUCAAGUCCUGGCGCUGUGACGGGGACAACGACUGCGCGGACGGCUCGGAUGAGCUGAAUUGCCCCACCAAGGGGCCCGGAGACACCUGUGGCCCUGACCAGUUCAUGUGCGUGGCCAACCGCACCUGCGUCCCGGCCAGCUACCACUGCGACGACGAGCUGGAUUGUGAGGACCGCUCGGACGAGAUUGGCUGCGCUCCUCCACAAGUGGUCCUGCUCCCAGAAGCGUUCAUAGAGGCAGCCCCCGGAGACACGGUCCGCUUCACCUGCAUGGCCACCGGCGUGCCCACCCCCCACAUCAGCUGGAGGCUCAACUGGGGCCACCUUCCUCCCAGCAGCAGGGUGUCCGUCACCACCAAGAACGGCUUCGGGACCCUGGUCAUCCAGAACGUCAAGGAGGCCGACCAGGGCGCCUACACCUGCGAGGCCAUGAACGCCCGCGGGAUGGUCUUUGGCAUUCCUGACGGCGUCUUGAGCCUGACGCCUGGGCGAGGGCCCUGCCCCGAGGGACACUUCUACCUGGAGGCUCCCUCCCAGUGCCUGCCCUGUUUCUGCUUUGGCAUCACCAAAACCUGCCGGGCCACCAGCCGACAUCGCUCCCAAAUCCACCUGCGCUUCGACAGGCCUGAGGACUUCAAAGGAGUCAACGUGACGACGCCCUCCCAGCCCGGGACGCCGCCCCUCUCCCCAACGCAGAUGCAGAUCGACCCGGUGCUCCAGGAGUUCCAGCUGGUGGACCUUUCUCGCCGCUUCCUCAUGCACGACUCCUUCUGGACGCUGCCCGGCCAGUUCCUGGGGGACAAGGUGGACUCCUAUGGCGGCUUCCUCCGCUUCAAAGUCCGCUACGGCUUGGCCAGGGGAGAGUCGGAGCCCAUCCAGAAGCCAAACGUCGUCAUCGUGGGCAAUGGGCAGAAACUCAUCUACCGGGUGCAGGCGCCCGCCUAUCCGUCGGUGGUGAACCAGCGCCAGAUCCAGUUUGUCGAGAACCACUGGCAGAAGGAGUCGGGCGCCCCGGUCAGCCGGGAGGAGCUGCUGCUCACCCUGCAGAGCUUGGAGGCUGUCCUGAUCCAGACGGUCUACGACAACCGGAUGGCCAGCGUCGGCCUGAGCGACAUCGUCAUGGACAGCACCAGCACGGAGGCCACCAGCCUGGGCCUGGCGCGGGCCAUCGAGGAGUGCAGGUGCCCCGUCGGCUACUCCGGCCUGUCGUGUGAGCGGUGCGAGGCCCACUUCGAGCGGGUGCCCGGCGGCCCCUACCUGGGCACCUGUUCGGGCUGUAACUGCAACGGCCACUCCAGCUUCUGCGACCCCAACUCUGGCUACUGCCUGAACUGCCAGCACAACACCGAAGGGCCUCAGUGCAACAAGUGCAAGCCCGGCUUUUUUGGCGACGCCAGCCAGGGCACCCCUGUGGCGUGCCGGCCAUGCCCUUGCCCCUACACCGAAGCUCCCCGCCAGUUUUCCAGCUCCUGCUUCCUGGACACGGACGGGCAGGCCACCUGUGACGCCUGCGCCCCGGGCUAUGCAGGACGCCGCUGCGAAAGAUGUGCUCCUGGCUAUGAAGGGAACCCCAUCCAGCCGGGCGGGAAGUGUGAGCGGAUCGAAUCCGCGCAGGAUUACACCCGCUGUGACGAGCGAGGGAGUCGUGAGGUCUCCGGAGGCCCUUGCCGCUGCAAGCCCAACGUCACGGGGCGCCUCUGCAAUGAGUGUGCUUCCGGGUCUUUCCACCUGAGUGGCGAGAACCCCGACGGCUGCCUCCGCUGCUUCUGCAUGGGCGUCUCGCGCCAGUGUGCCAGCUCGUCGUGGAACAGGGAUCAGGUGCGCGUGGCGUCCGAAGAUGCCGAGAGGGCACCGUUCGCCCUCUCCAAUGCGGCCGGCACGCGGACGGUCAGCGAGGGCAUCCGCUUCACGGGCCCAGCGGAGCUGACCUUCUCCUCCUUCAGCUCUCUGCCCCGGGACGUCUACUACUGGGUGCUGCCCGAGCGCUUCAAGGGAGACAAGGUGACCUCCUACGGCGGGGAGCUGCGCUACGCCAUCCGGCACGACGCUCCCCCCGGCUUCCCGCUGCUCCACGGCAAAGCCGACGUCCUGCUGCAGGGCAACAGCAUCUUCCUGGAGCACCUGGCGGAAGCGAGCCCUCGGCCCGGGGUGCCCACCACUUUCACGGUGCCCUUUCGGGAGCAAGCGUGGCGCCGGGCGGACGGACAGGCGGCCACCCGCGAGCACCUCCUGAUGGCUCUGGCAGACGUGGACGUCCUCAUGAUCCGCGCCUCCUACUCCGAGCGGCCAGCCGAGAGCAGGGUCUCUGACAUCCACAUGGACGUGGCGGUGCCCCACUCCACGGGGCUGGACCCUGCGGUGGAAGUGGAGGAGUGCGCUUGCCCCACCGGCUACCGCGGCCCGUCCUGCCAGGAUUGCGACGUUGGCUACACACGCACCACCAGCGGCCUCUACCUGGGCACCUGCGGACCCUGUGCCUGCAACGGGCACGCAGCCGAGUGUGACCCCGAGACGGGAGACUGCCAGGACUGCCAGCACCACACGGAGGGGACUCACUGCGAGCGCUGCCAGCCGGGCUUCUUUGGGGACGCCAGGCACGGGACCCCCCGCGACUGCCAGCCCUGCCCGUGCCAUGGGCCGUAUUCUGCCAGCCAGGCUACCAAGACCUGCUUCCUAGACACGGACGGGCAGCCCACCUGUGACUCCUGCGCCCCGGGCUAUGCUGGACGCCAGUGCGAAAGGUGUGCUCCAGGCUACGUGGGGAACCCCAGCCGGGGCCAGCCCUGUACAGAUCCAGGCGCCAGGUGCCAGUGUGACCCCCGGGGCAGCGUGAGCAGCCAGUGUGAUGCCAGCGGGCUAUGCCUGUGCAAGGCCCACGUGAAGGGCCCCUCCUGCGCCACCUGCCGCCCCCACCACUUCCACCUGCACGCCGAGAACCGGGAGGGCUGCCUGCCCUGCUUCUGUAUGGGCGUCACCCAGCAGUGCACCGCCUCUGCCCACUAUCGAGACGUGAUCAGCGUCCCCUUCCUGGCCGGCGACCCCCAGGGCUUCUCUCUGGUCAACCGCCAGCGCAGCAUCCACCUCCGGACGGGCUUCGUGGUGGAGACGUCCCCGCAGGGCCCUCAGCUCUCCUACGGCCACCUGGGGCAGCGAGGGUCGGAGUCUUACUACUGGCAGCUCCCAGAGGCCUUCCAGGGGGACAAGCAGAAGGAAACCUAUUUUGCUCGGAUGCGUCGGGCCCACAAGCAGAACUCCACGUCCCUCACAGAGGAGCAGCUGAGGAAGGACGUGGCCGCCGGGCGGGCCCCCCACUCCCUGGGCCCCGGGCCCCGGGCCCAGCGAGCCUCCCAGGCAGACGAAGCGCAGUGGAGACGCGACGCGGAGAUCUGGGCGAUGCUUGGCCGCUUGGCCACGGAGCAGGCGGCCUCCCCCCCCAAGGAGGGCGGGGCUCCCAGGCCCCCUCCCGCAGGGCUGCAGGCCCCCUCUGCUGCCCAGGGGCCUCCCCCUCCCCACUCUAUCGCCUCCUCGGGCAGGGCCCCUCUGCGCCCCCCUUCCUUAGCGGCUGCUCCUGGCUCACGCCCUCAGCCCCAGGGAGAAGGAAUCCCCAGAGGACGGUCCCAGGACUCGGGCAACUUGCUCUCCUCCUCCUCCCCCCGAUACAAUCUCCGGGUGGCUGAUGCCCAAAAGUACCGGCUUCUCUACAAGGGUUUCCCGCUGCUUCCCGAAAUCUCUUUCUACUGGGGGCUGCCAGAAGCCUUCCUGGGGGACAAGGUGGGCUCCUACGGAGGACGCCUCCGCUACACCCUCUCCUACAACGCUGGCGGGAGAGGCCCCCCACUGCCGGAUGCUGAUGUGCAGAUCACUGGCAACGACAUUACUCUGGUGGCCUACCAGCCUGAGCUGCAGCCCCAGGAGCAGAAGAGCUUCGAGAUCGUCUUCCGAGAGCAACACUGGCAGCGCCCGGACGGGCAGCCAGCCACCCGCGAGCACCUGAUGAUGGCUCUGGCCGACCUGGACGAGAUCCUCAUCCGCGCCACCUACUCCACGGACAUGGUCUCGGCCAGCAUCUCCGGCGUCAGCAUGGAGACGGCCGUGCCCGCCUACACCAGCCUGCCGCAGGCCCUGGAGGUGGAGGAGUGCCGCUGCCCGCCCGGCUACCAGGGCCUCUCCUGCCAGGACUGCGCAGCCGGAUACACCCGCACGGGCGGCGGGCUCUACCUGGGCCACUGCGCCCUGUGCGAAUGCAACGGGCACUCGGAUUCUUGCCACCCAGAGACCGGCGCCUGCUCGAACUGCCUGCACAAUGCCGCUGGGGGCUUCUGUGAGCAGUGUGCCCCCGGCUUCUACGGCGACGCCACCGCCGGCACCCCCGAGGACUGCCAGCCGUGCGCCUGCCCGCUCCCGGAGCCGGAGAACCAAUUCUCGCGGACCUGUGAGAGCCUGGCGGGCGGAGGCUACCGCUGCAUGGCCUGCGAGCCGGGCUACACCGGCCAGUACUGUGAACAGUGUGCCCCUGGCUACACUGGGAACCCCAACGUCCAUGGGCAGAAGUGUGUGCCCCUUGCCCCUCCAGACCAGCCCCGCCUCCUUGUCCAAGUGGAGCCCCCCCGGACGGCCGUCCCGCAAGGCAGCGAGGUGACCCUGCGCUGCCACGUCAGCGGGAGCCCACCCCACUAUUUCUUCUGGUCCCGGGAGGACAGGCGCCCCCUGCCCAGCAGCACCCAGCAGGGGAGGCCAGAGCUGCACUUCCCCAGGAUCCAGCCCUCCGAAGCCGGGGUCUACAUCUGCACCUGCCGCAACCCUCAGUACAGCAACAGCAGCCGGGCGGAAGUGAUCGUGACUGAGACCCCCAGCAAGCCCAUCACGGUGACGGUGGAGGAGAAGAAGGUGCAGAACGUGAAGCCAGGGUCCGACGUCACUUUCAUCUGCACAGCCAAGAGCAAGUCUCCCGCCUACACCCUGGUCUGGACGCGGCAGCACAACGAGAAGCUGCCCAGCCGGGCCAUGGAUUUCAACGGCAUCCUGACCAUCCGCAACGUCCAGCCCGAGGAUGCCGGCGUCUACGUCUGCACCGGCUCCAACAUGUUCGACAUGGACGAGGGGGCCGCCACCCUCUACGUGCAAGCUCCUUCUAAAACCCAGAUGUUCUUUGGACCCGUAGAAGUGGUGGAGGGCCACAGACCCUGUAAGUCGGCCGGGGCGAGCCCUGCAUGCCCUCAGCACCUCCCCGCAGCAGCCCCAGUGGUGCCUCCGGCGGCCAGAAUCGAGCCCUCCCAGCUGAGCGUCCAGCCGGGCCAGCCGGCCGAGUUCCGGUGCCUGGCCACGGGAAGCCCGCAGCCCACAGUGGAGUGGAUCGGUGGGCAAGGAGGCGUGAUCUCCCCGAGGGCCGUGAUCCAGGGCGGACUCCUGCGCUUCCCCGCAGUAGAACCGUCUGACGAGUCGCAGUACCUCUGCCACGUGCAGAACAGCGCCGGGAAGGAUGUGGCCCGGGCCUUCUUGCAAGUACACAGCGCCAGCGUCCCGCAAGUGCAGGUCAGCCCGGAACGCACAGAGGUCCAGGAGGGCAACAUGGUCCGGCUGUACUGCCGAGCCUCCGGUUCCCCUGCCGCAACCAUCACCUGGGAGAAGCAAGGCGGAAGCCUGCCCCCACAGGCUCUCCCCGUCUUUGGCUUCUUCCACUUCCAAGGUGACCGCCUGGAGCUUCUCCAGCAGCGCAUCCGGGAGCUGCAGCAGUCCCGGACAGAGAGGACCGACUUUGCCACCCUGGUGAUCCCCUCCAUCACGGCUGCUGACGGCGGGGUGUACCUGUGCGUGGGGAGCAGCGCCGCUGGUGUGGGCCGAGCGCGCAUCGAGGUGGUGGUCCUUCGAGCCUCCGGCGUCUCCCCUGCCCUGAGGAUCGAGUCUUCGUCCUCUCUGGUCGUCGAAGGGCAGACCCUGGACCUGAACUGCGUCGUGCCCGGCCAGGCAGCUGCUGCGGUCACGUGGUACCGGCGGGGAGGCGCCUUGCCAGCCAACCACCAGAUCUACGGCCCCCUCCUGCGGAUCCUGCGCGUUUCCCCAGCCGACUCGGGCGAGUACGUUUGCCGCACCAGCAACGGGGCGGGGCCCAAGGAAGUCUCCAUCACUGUGACCGUCCAGCAGGGCUCCAGCUCCUCCCACGAGGCCUCGCCGGUCCGGAUCGAGUCUUCACCGUCUUCCGUUUCCGAGGGGCAGAAUUUGGACCUGAACUGCCUCGUUGCCAGCCGGCCGCACUCCAGAGUCACGUGGUAUAAGCGAGGGGGGUCCCUCCCGGCUAAUCACAGGAUUUCUGGCUCCCACCUCAGGAUCCUUCAGGCCACGGAGGCCGACUCGGGCGAAUACGUGUGUCGGGUGAGCAGCGGUGGCGGCACGGUGCAAGAGGCCUCCAUCACGGUCACCAUCUCCAGAUCCUCGCAAACGGCCGGCAUCACCGCUCCCGUGCGGAUCGAGUCCUCCUCGUCCUCCCUGUUCGCAGGGGAGUCCUUGGACCUCAACUGCGUCAUCGCCGGGCAGGCAGGGGCCACGGUCAGGUGGUACAAGCGAGGCGGGGCCCUGCCGGCCCAUCACCAGGUCUCUGGCUCCCACUUGCGCAUCCCGCAGGCCUCCCCAGCUGACUCGGGCGAGUACGUCUGCCACGUCAGCCUGGACGCCGUCAUCAGAGAGGCCUCCGUCAUUGUCGGCAGCACCGCCUCCUCUUCCACCUUGGACGUCACUCCCUCCAUGCGGAUUGAGGCUUCCUCCCCUCACGUCGCCGAAGGGCAAACCUUGGAGCUGGACUGUGUCCUGGCCCGCCAGCACCAGCAGGCCACGGUGACGUGGUACAAGCGGGGGUCUGCUCUGCCCGCCAGCCACCAGGCCUUUGGGUCCCGCCUGCGGCUGCUGCAGGCCACCCCGGCAGAUUCCGGCGAGUACGUUUGCCGCGUCAGCUACGACGCCACCGUCCAGGAGGCCUCGGUCGUGGUCACCAUCCAGCAGGGCAGCACUGACUCCUUCCCGGCCGGCGUGACUCCUCCUGUGCGCAUCGAGUCUUCGUCCAGCUCUCCGGCCGAGGGGCACACCCUGGACCUGAAGUGCAUCGUCGCCGGCCGAGCGCCACACGCCCGAGUGUCCUGGCACAAGCGCGGAGGGCCCCUUCCUGCCAGCCACCAGGUCUCGGGCCCCCUCCUGCGCAUCCCACAGGCCUCAGCGGCGGACUCCGGGGAGUACCUCUGCCGCGUCAGCAACGGCACGGCCGUCCACGAGGCCUCCCUCAUCGUCACCAUCCAGGGAGGAGGAGAGGGCUCCUCUUACGCGGUGGGGGUCACUCCCCCCAUCAGGAUCGAGACCUCCUCUGCUUCCGCCGUCGAGGGACAGACCAUAGACCUGAACUGCCUGGUGGCCGGCCAGUCACAGCCCCGGGUCAUGUGGUACAAGCGAGGAGGGGCCCUGCCCGUCAACAGCCAGAUCCUCGGAUCGCGUCUCCGGAUCCUGCAGGCCUCGGUGGCGGACUCGGGCGAGUACGUCUGCUACGUGAACGACGGCACCAGUCCCCUGGAGGCCUCCGUCAUCGUCUCCAUCCCCAGCAGCUCCGGCUCUGCCUACCCCUCCGGGGUCGUCCCGCCAGUGAGGAUUGAGUCUUCCUCCUCGUCCCUCGCUGAAGGCCAGACCUUGGAACUGAACUGCCUGGUUGCUGGCCAAUCCCACCCUACGGUCACCUGGUUCAAGCGGGGAGGCCCCCUCCCAGACAACCACCAGGUCUCCGGCACCCGCCUCCGCAUCCCACAGGUCUCCUCGGCCAAUUCUGGCGAGUACGUCUGCCGCGUCAGCAAUGCUGCCGCCACCCAGGAGGCCGCGCUGGUGGUCACCAUCCAAGAUACCCUUUCCGGAGGUCCCGGAAGCGCUGCCCCUCUGCGGAUCGAGGCUUCUUCGCCCUUGGUGGAGGAAGGGCAGAGCCUGGACCUGACGUGCCUCUCCCCGGGCCAGCCCCAGGCCACCUUCACGUGGUCUCGGCGGGGGGCGCCUCUGCCCGCCAAGCACCGGGUCUCUGGCGCCCAGCUGCGGCUGAUGCAGCUCACCCCAGCGGACUCUGGCGAAUACGUGUGCCGCGGGGGCGGGGCGGAUGCCAGCCCACAGGAGGCUUCCUUCCUGGUCUCCGUCCGGUCCAGGACCAGCCCUGCUACCCGUCUCGCGCGGCCCGUUAUCUCCAUCGAACCGCACAGCACGGCCGUGCGCAGAGGGGCCGACAUCUCCUUCCGGUGCCGGAUCAACGGCGGCACUCCGCCCAUCGAGAUCACCUGGAAGCUGCCCAAGAACCAGCUGGAAGAGAACGUGAAGGUCAGCCCCAACGGCUCCGUGCUCACCGUCUCCAGCGCGCAGCCCCAGAACCAGGGGGCCUACCACUGCGUGGCCGCCAACCGCUUCGGGACAGCCAACAGCGUGGUCAACCUGAUGGUGCAAGGGCCGCCUACCGUCUCGGUGGUCCCGAAGGGCCCCGUGCAGGUGAAGACAGGCAAGUCCAUCAGCCUGGACUGCCUAGGCACAGGAGAGCCCCGGGCGCUGGUGCGCUGGAGCAAGCUGGGCGUCCGGCAGAAGGUGGAACACCAGACCCUGAUCCCGCUGGAGAGCCGCGCGGUUCUGAAGAUCUUGUCCGCCAAGCUCGAAGACGCUGGCACAUACGUCUGCAUGGCCCAGAACGUCCUGGGCACAGCCGAGGCGCAGGUGGACGUGAGCGUGGAGGCCGUCCAUGGGAGGCCGGGGGCCCCGGAGAUCCAAGUGGCUCCCACGCAGACCGUGGUCGCUGGGCAGACGGCGCGGCUGCACUGCACGGCCACAGGCGACCCGGCUCCCGCCAUCCACUGGUCCAAGCUCCGGGCUCCGUUGCCCUGGCAGCAUCAGGUGGUGAACGACACCCUCGUCAUCCCCCGGGUGGCCCAGCAGGACUCCGGGCAGUACAUCUGCAACGCCACCAACUCGGCCGGCUUCACAGAGGCCUUCAUCGUCCUCGAUGUUGAAACACCGCCGUACGCAACCACCCUGCCCGACGGGGCCUCAGUCCAGGCCGGGGAGGCGGUGCAGCUGCAGUGCCUGGCCCAAGGCACCCGGCCUCUGCGCUACGAGUGGAGCAAGGUCCAGGGCAGCCUCUCGGGAGGCGUGGCGGUCCGCGAGGGCACCCUGCACAUCAGCCACGCCACGCCCCAGGACGCGGGCACCUACCGCUGCCUCGUCAGCAACCGGGUGGGCUCCGCAGAGGCGCUGGCCCAGGUGCAGGUGCAUGGCCCGGCUGGAGUCCCCCUGUCUGUCCAGGUCAUCCCACGGAGUGACACCCAGGCUGUGGGGGGGACGGCGGAGUUCGUGUGCUCUGUCUCCGGAGCCCCCCAGGCCCAGAUCGAGUGGUUCAAAGAGGACGGGGAGCUGCCCCCCCACCACAGCAUCAGGAACGGAGUGCUUCGGAUCGAGAAGCUGGACCGUAGCAGCCAAGGGGUUUACGUCUGCCGGGUCAGCGGCGCCACCGGCCAGGCCCAGGACAGCACCCGGCUGGUUGUCCAGAGGCUGCCCAAGGUGAUGAUCAACAUCCGGACGUCGGUGCAGACGGUGCUGGUGGGCCACGCGGUGGAGUUUGAGUGCCUGGCCUUCGGGGACCCCAAGCCCCAGGUCACCUGGAGCAAAGUGGGGGGACGGCUGCGGCCGGACGUGCUGGUGAGCGCCGGCAUGGUGAAGAUCGAGCGGGUGGAGCCGAGCGACGCCGGGCAGUAUCGCUGCACCGCCACCAACGAGGUGGGCGCGGUCCAGUCCCACGUCAUCCUGCAUGUCCAGUCUGUCCCCCAGAUCUCGGCUCCGCCAGAGGUGAAGGAGGUCAGCGCGGGCUCCGUGGUGGCCUUCCCCUGCCUGGCCUCCGGCUUCCCCGUCCCGGACAUCACCUGGACCAAGUUGGAGGGCGACCUCCCCGAGGGUGUCCGCUUGGAGGGCAACGUCCUGACCAUCCCAUCCGCCCAGCCCGAGGACACGGGGGUUUACGUCUGCACCGCGUCCAACCGGCAGGGGAAGGUGACGGCGUUCUCCAUGCUCAAGGUGCGAGAGAGGGUCGUGCCGUACUUCACCCAGGACCCCCCCUCCUUCCUUGUCCUGCCGACCAUGAAGGAUGCCUACAAGACGUUCGCCAUCGAGAUCACCUUCCGGCCCGACACUCCUGAUGCUCUCAUGCUUUACUCAGGGAUGCUGGUCUACAACGGGCAGAAGAAGAACACGGGCACCGACUUCAUGUCCUUCGGCCUGGUGGGCGGCCGGCCAGAGCUCAGGUUCGAUGCCGGCUCCGGCAUGGCCACCAUCCGCCACCCGUCCAUCAUCAAACUGGGCGAGUUCCACACCGUCCGGCUGUACCGCAAUCUCACGCAGGGCUCCCUGGUGCUGGACGACCAGCCCCCUGUGAACGGCACAUCCCAGGGCAAAUUCCAAGGCCUGGACCUCAAUGAGGGGCUCUACCUGGGCGGGUAUCCCAACUACGCCGCCGUCACCAAGAGCGGCCUGAGCAGCGGCUUCAUCGGCUGCGUACGGCAACUGCUGGUCCAGGGCAAGGAGGUGAUCUUCAAAGACUUCGACUUGCCAGCCAGCAACGUCCUGAAUUGCCCCACGUGCAAAGACCAGCCAUGCCAGAACGGAGGUGUCUGCAGGGACUCGGAGAGCAGCAGCUACGUGUGCCAGUGUCCGCAGGGCUUUGCCGGCAGCAACUGUGAACACCCCCAGGCCCUCCGCUGCCACCCGGAGGCCUGCGGUCCGGAAGCCACCUGUGUGAACCACCCCUCCGGGCGGGGUUACUCCUGCCGCUGCCUCCUGGGCAAAUACGGGGAGAAGUGCAUGUCCGGCACCUCGGUGACCACGCCCCACUUCCACGGGGGCGACGCCUUCGUCUCCUACCCGCCGCUCACCAACGUCCCCUACGAGCUGCGCAUCGACAUGGAGGUGAAGCCCCUGCACUCCGAGGGCCUCAUCCUCUUCAGCGGGGGCAACGGUGCCCCCGUGGCAGACUUCGUCUCCCUCAGCAUGGCCAACGGGCACCUGGAGUUCCGCUACGAGCUGGGGUCAGGGACGGCCGUCCUCCAGAGCUCCCAGGGGCUGCAGCUGGGCCAGUGGCACAAGAUCACGGCGGAGCGCGUGAACAAAGACGGCACGCUUCAGGUGGACGAGGAGCGGCCGGUGAAGAGGUCCUCGCCCGGGAAGAGCCAGGGCCUGAACCUCCGCACCCCCAUGUACCUGGGCGGGGUGGACGAGAGCAUCCAACUGCCGGCAGCCGCCAAUGUCUCCGGGCACUUCUAUGGCUGCAUUGGGGAGGUCUCCAUCAAUGGGAAGAAGGUGGACAUCUCGUACAGCUUCUUGGAGAGCCGCAGCGUCUCGCAGUGCUACGACAGCUCCCCCUGCGACCGCAGGCCCUGCCGGCAUGGCGGCAAGUGCCAGCCCACCGGCGAGUACGAGUUCCAGUGCCUGUGCCCAGAGGGCUACCGGGGGGAGCGCUGCGAGGUGUCUGAGGUCGAGUGUCAGCCUCCCUGCCUCAACGGGGGCACCUGUCGGGCCAAGGAAUGCGUGUGCCCUCUGGGCUUCCGGGGGCCGUAUUGUGAACAUGAUGUGACACAGCACCGCGCAGAGUGGACUGCAGAGGGCAGCGGGGAAAACGAUGCCCCCGGACAGUACGGCGCCUACUUCCAUGACGGCGGCUACGUGGCCCUGGCCCGGCACGCCUUCCCCAGGAGCCUCCCCGAGUCUCCGGAGACGAUAGAGAUGGAAGUGCGCACCAGCUUGCCCGGCGGGCUGCUCUUCUGGCAGGGAGUGGAAACCAGGGAGGCGGGUCUUGAGCCGCAUGUUGCUAAGGAGGAGGAAGGGCAGAGCGGGAAAGCCAAGGACUUCGUCAGCCUCGGGCUGAAGGGCGGGCACCUGGUCUUCAGCUACCAGCUGGGGAGCGGCGAAGCCAACCUGCAGUCGGAAGACCCCAUUGACGACGGCGAGUGGCACCGAGUCACGGCCAUCCGCGAAGGGAAAAAAGGCUUCCUGCAAGUGGACGGUGAGGAGACGGUCACUGCGGAAUCUCCGGGCAAGAACAUCAUGGUGAACACCAAAGGUCCCGUUUAUAUAGGGGGGGCCCCCGACAUCGGCACCUUGACGGCCGGCAAGUACCUCUCGGGAAUCACGGGAUGCGUCAAGAAUGUGGUCCUGCUGAACGCCAGGCCCGGGCAGGAGGCGGCUCAGCAGCCCGUCGACCUCCAGCACCACGCGGAGGCCGGCUUCAACUUCCAGGAGUGCCCCUCGUAGGCCAGGCUUGCGCCCCCCCACCCGCCUCGCCGUCGGGGUGCCCGCCAGCAGGCCAACCGAGAGACAGCUGUGGUGGUUGUUGUUGUUGUUGUUAUUGUUGUUGUUGUUAUUAUUAUUUUAUUAUGACGAUGAUGAAUUUUUUUAAAGAAACAAAAAAAUGGUGCUUUGCUGCUACCAAAAAGUGGCGGGUGGGGAGGGUCUGUGUCAGUGGCAGAGCAGCCGGCGGGCCACGUGAACCUCCCCCCGGCUCUCCUGCAGAAGCACAGCAGACCCCUGGGAGAGGGGCCUGGGCAGCAGCACCCUCCAGGAAUGCCCGGCUGCACCCCACGGGGCUUUGGACCCUCGGGUCGGGGGGGGGGGGCGUGCCACAGGCUCUGCCCUCUUGCCCUCCAGGAGGCGCUGGGCGGGGGCCCGCUGGCCACGUGGCUUCUCUGCUUCGGCGGCUGGGCUGGACCAGGCAGCUUGUGACCAAAGAGACGGGCCCCACGGCUCCCCGUCCAGUGAGAAGCGAGUCCCCUUUCCCUGGGGGGCGAGGGAGGAGGGAGCCUCCACUGCCAGUCCUCAGGGCUGGUGGGAACGAGGAGGAGGAGGAGGUCUCUUGCCACGGCCCCCAGCCCGAGGGGAGUGCUGCUCGGGGGAGGCUGUGCACCCAGCCCAGGCAGAGCUCUCUCACCCCUGGCCCAGCAGGCGGUCUUGCUAGGCUGCCAGCUGAGUCCGGCCUCUUCCCAGCCUGGCCUCCCCCCCCCCCCACCGCCAGGCUGGCCUUCUGCAGGGAGCCCCGCAGGCCCGCCGCCUCUGCCACGGCCCCGAGCUCAGUCUGGGACUGAGAAGAGCUGGGCCUCCCCGGUGCCUCUGUCUACCCCCAGGCCACGAGGCAGGCCAAGCCUCUCCCCUGCCCCCCAAGCCCUUCCUUUCUUCAGUGCCUUAUUCACGCUUGGGGCAGGGGUGGUGGUCCCCGGGGCCACCCUGCAGGGUCCAGCCCCCUGCCGGCAGCCAGCGCUCCCCACCCAGCCUUGGAGGGCUGGCCAGGGGAGGCAACGGGUCCCUCCCCGGCUUGCUGCGGCCUGGCCAGUGGGCUGGUGCCCCUUCUCCGUGCCGUGGGGUGGCCCUUCCCCUCGGCAGGUGCUGGGAGGGGGCUUCGAUGCCCCCUCUCUCCCAGCAGCAGCUGCAGCCCUUCCCACGGUCCGGGGGGUCCGGCUGGGGCGUUCUUGAGCAGGCGGGCCAGAGGCCUCCACCGGUACCCUUCCCCGCUGCGGAAAGGGGCCCCUCCCCAUCGGCCCCAGGACAACGAGGACGGCAGGCUCUGGCCAACGCCACCCCCACCCCCCUCAUCAAACUGCCCUGGGGUUUGUUCCCCCAUAGGUAGGGGGUGCCAAGCAGACGGAAGGGGGGGGAGGCAGCCCUGUCUGUAGCUGUGGGCUCCAGGGAUGACCCCCCCGUCCGGUGGCCAGAUUCCCCUCACCUCGUGGCUUGCUCCGGCUUGGCCCCCAUGAUCCCCCAUGCCCAGCACCUGCCCCUCUGCCUUGCCCCCCGCCCCCCUUUGCCGGGAUCAGAGGUCUGUCCGGGAGGGGCUGCCCACCUCCAGAACCCGUCCCUGUCUUGGCUUCCCCUGCCUGGCCCUCUGUGCUCGUUUCUUCUUCUUCAAUAAAUGGUGCUGAACCCUG